GCCGAUGAUGAAUUGUAGAGAGAGUUGCGGAGAGGGCAUCUAACGCGUCGCGUCACGGGGCCCCCUAGCUGCCGCGCCCUAUAAAGUGUGGACCCGUGCCGGAGCGCCUCCCUCCUCCUCCUCCGUCCAAGGCUUCGCAGCUCCAUCCGCCAACAAAAUAAAAAGGAUCCCUCGCUCACACGCUGGCUGGCUUCCACCCGGCGUUGGGCCACCCUCACAGCAAAAUAACAUUCGGGAAGAAAACGCAGUCAUUCUCAAAAUAAAUAGAAGGCGCAAAAACAAGUAGCCGCAUUAUUUUGUUGGUUCAGCUCCCCCCCCUCUCGUCUUCAUCCUGCGUCCGCCGGGUCGGCUGCUCGCUCAGUGUUUCGCCAAAGAGACACACACACAGACAGACAGAGAUGUCCAACCUCACGGAUCUCGUGGGGCGCUCGGCGCUCUCUCACGGCGGCAUCCACAUGCCCCACAGCGGCCCGGGCUACGCGUGGGAGUGCAACCAAAGCCAUCACCUCUCGUCGUCGGCGGCUGACAACGGCACACGCCACCAGCAGCUGGCCUUCUUGUGCAACAAGAGCGACGACAUGCUGGACGACGACGACGACUACGAAGACGACCCCCACGUGACCUCGCUGGUCGUGGCUGUGGUCAUCACCGCCCUCUACUCCAUCGUGUGCGUGGUGGGCUUGGUCGGGAACAUCCUGGUCAUGUACGUGAUUGUCAGGUACACAAAAAUGAAGACGGCUACCAACACGUACAUCUUCAACCUUGCCCUGGCAGACACAUUGGUCACCACCACCUUGCCCUUCCAGAGUGCCGAUUACCUCAUGGGCUCGUGGCCUUUCGGAGAGGUGAUCUGCAAGGUGGUGAUGUCCAUCGACUACUACAACAUGUUCACCAGCAUUUUCACGCUCACGAUCAUGAGCGUCGAUCGCUACAUCGCUGUGUGCCACCCGGUGAAGGCUCUGGACUUUCGGACACCCUCCAAGGCCAAGUUGAUCAACAUCUGCAUCUGGAUCCUGUCGUCAGCCAUUGGCAUUCCCGUCAUCGUCAUGGGCACGGCCAAGAAAGAGGAGGGCAUCAUCGAGUGCAUCCUCGACUUCCCACAUCCCGCGGUGAAGUGGGAGAACCUGCUCAAGAUCUGCGUCUUCAUCUUCGCCUUCAUCCUCCCGGUGCUCAUCAUCGUCGUCUGCUACAGCCUCAUGGUGCUGCGCCUGCGCACCGUGCGCCUGCUCUCGGGCUCCAAGGAGAAGGACCGCAACCUGCGGCGCAUCACGCGCAUGGUGCUCAUCGUCGUGGCCAUCUUCGUCAUCUGCUGGACGCCCAUCCACCUGUUCGUGAUCAUCAAGUCGCGCGUGAGCAUCAGCGACACGCCGACCGUCUCGGCCGCGUGGUACAUCUGCGUCGCGCUCGGCUACACCAACAGCUGCCUCAACCCCGUGCUGUACGCCUUCCUCGACGAGAACUUCAAGCGCUGCUUCAAGGAGUUCUGCUUCCCGGCCGCGUUCCGCCGCGACCUGCAGGGCUCCAGCCGUGUGGGCGGCCGGCCCAACCGUGGGCAGACUUCGGCCGCGUUCAGCCACACGGAGCGGACUCGGCAGCCGGCGUGACUAGGCGUGGAAAUGUCGAGUCUGGCGUCCCAGGCUCGGCCACGCGAGGACCCGAACUCGGAGCUGACGCAAAUCACCAUGGGCCUGUGAAAGGG